CAGGUAACUGGAUCGAUUGGUCGAGUCUGCGCAGGUAGUUUGGGAAGAGCUGAGUUCACAUCUGUUGGGAGUAAACAAGAGCUUAUUUUAGACCUACAGGCGCUUUUUUUUGGACUCUUCGUCGACUGUUUGGGGCUUUAUUUUACUGUAAUUCUGCGUGUGAACAAUGAGCUGUAGUAGAGUUUUCAGAGUAAGCUGGUAAACACAGCUGUUUGACUGUCGGUGAACGUUUCCUGACUCCUCUUAUCAGCGUCGAGGCUCGGACACGUCUCCACCGCUCCUACAACUUUUAUUCUGUUGUUGUUGUUAAGUAAAAUGUGCUACUAUCUAUAGAAUGUAAUGAGGAUUACAGGUACCCGGUACAGGUUGGUUAAAGUUGAGUGUAUAGUCGUUUAAAGGAGAGGGGUGUGUUUUCAGCAGUAUUCUGCCCUCUGGACUUCUAAUUAAUGCCCCGCCCGGUGUCCGCGCGCAGGUGCACUUAUGACCAUGUUGUUUCACCUAUUCAUGCUCCUCCAACUCCUGUCAUGUGGAGAGCUGGCCUGUAUGAGGAGGUUACUGUCCAAACAUGAAGGAGAACAAGAAGUGUUUGUAGACGAGGGGGAGGCAAACUCGUUCCUGGGUCGCCAUCUACUGUUCAACCGGUUCGACUUUGAGAUUUUUGUGCCUGGGAAUCUAGAGAGGGAGUGUUAUGAAGAAGACUGCAAUUAUGAAGAAGCAAGGGAGGUCUUUGAGAACAUCCCGGAGACAGAUGCUUUUUGGAAAAAAUACACUGAAGAAAAAGAAAAGCGUGCCUCUCGGGUGGAUGUGACUUCUCUCUUGGUGGGACUGAUUGGUGUUGGAGUGGCCAUUGUUAUUGUUGGACUUCUGGUUUGGUAUUUCUGCCAGGGAAAAUGCAAGGACAACUUAAGCCGUACAAGCUCCAUUCGACCUCGACGAAGAAGAAGUAACGCUACUCUCAUAAUGCGACGGCUAGAGGAAAUUUCCUUACAACCUGUGCCCCCACCAACCCAAAUGGAGGAAAUUGGGCCCCCAGGGCUGCCGUCAUAUGAGCAAGCAAUAGCAAAAAGUGGACAACAUGACGCCCCACCUCCUCCAUAUCCUGGCUCAAGAACUGGCAGUAUUCGGCGGUAAUAUCUUCAGAACAUGAUAUCAGCAUGUCUGUCUACAUUAAGCAGACUACUUACACUGACACUGUGCCGCUCUGCUAAAUGCUUACUUUUUCAUCGUCACAAUGUUUUAAAAACUCCUUGGUGCCUUCUGGUACAUGCGCUGAUCAAGCUGUCUUGUUGGACAUUUCUAAUGUCUGUUGCUUCUCUUAAGUUGAGUAAUUGUGUCUUUUUUUGUACCUGCUUGUGCCAAAAUGUGUCCUGUUGUCUUUUUCCACAGCUGUGGUUAUACUUAAUAAUGUAACCGCUGCUAUCAUAAUAAGUUGAAUAAUGCCCAGUUUGCUGCUCUUUUUCUGAAAAUGAAGAAUUAAUGUGUUAAAUAUAAGAGCUUUAAUUUUAAAGGGAAUUCUUGGGCUUUAAGGGACUGUUGCUUUAGACACUGGAACAUUGAAAGCUAAAUCAGGAUGAUGUUUAUUUACAUUAAAAGUAUUAAUUUCAAGUGAAGAAAGGUAGAACGCUGAUGGCUUUCUGUCUCCUUCAGAAGGAAAAGAAAUUGCAACCUUGCAUGUAAUGACAGUAUGGUUUACUUUGUAAUUAGGAUAAUGUUUUUAAGAAAAACUAGUCAUUAGCUUGCUUUUUAAAGACUUUCUUUAAUCUGUUUUACAUAAUUGUUUUAGCUUUAGUUUUUUAAAUAGGCAGAUAUUUCUUUAGUACAGUGUAUUUUGACUUUCAAUACAAAUGUGGAGUAUAGGUCCAGCUGUAGAAGGUUGGUUUUACAACAUUUACUAUUAACAAAGAUUAUUUUGCCAUUAUAGAAUAAAUUAUGAGUUUGAUUGCUGUAUUUAAGAGAAUACUGUCAUGUUUUUUUGUCAUCAAGCCCAGUGUUUGCUAUCAUUUUAUUAUUUGAUGGUGGUACAACACUAGUUGUAACCAAUGUGUCAACAUGACAUCAGGUAAAUUCAUUUUUUCUUUAAAGCUGAUCUAAAGUAUUAUUACUUGAAAUUAUUUUUAUUUGAUGUUUCGAAUAAAAUGUAUUUUUUUGUCUCAUCUUUAACUGUAUGUAAAGUUGUGAAUGUGGUCAGUCAUUCUCACUGCAGAUUUGAUCAGGUCUUCAGUUUUGUAAGUGGCAUGUGCUCUUUUACAGUUCUGUAUGUCUUUUCAACAGUAUAAAGACUGAAAAUCUUU